GCGCAGGCGCUGUGCGCGGCUCUAUUGUCUGGGCUCCGGGCGCCCUCGGGAAGCCCGGCUGGGGACGACGACGCGCCAGCAGCACCAGCCGCGGAGCCUGCCAGGCGGCCCCCGACCGACGCCCGAGCCUCCUCCUCCUCCUCCCCCCGCGGCCGCUCGGCUUGGCCCGGAGGCCGCCGCCGCCUCCCCCGCCGCCUCCUGCCCGGCGCUCGCAUGCGGAGCGGCGCCCGGGGAGCCGCGCUCUUCCUCCUCCUCCUCCUCCUCCUCCUUCCGUAGGGCGGGACCCCCGGCUGCCCCCCGCCGUGGAUGAGCCCGGGAGGCGCGGCGGGCCGCCCGUUGGGGCGCGGCGGCGGCGGCGGCGCCUGCUGCUGCUCGGAGAGGCGGAGGAGAAGAAGGGGAGCGGGGCCGCUGCCGUUGCUGGCCGCCGCACGAUGCCCGGCGCCGCCGGAGGUGGCCUGAGCGCCUAGUGGCCCCGGCGCCCUCGCUUCCUCGCGGGCUGGCAUGGGCGGCAAGCAGAGCACGGCGGGCGCCACGGCCGCGGGGCGCUCGCGCGGAGGAGGAGGCGGCGGAGGCGGAGGCCCCUUGGCCGGCGUGGCCAGCGACGACAGUGCGGUGGGGGCGCCGCCGCCGCCGCCCGGGGGAGCCCCGCACUUCGGGCAUUACCGCGGCGGGGGCGGCAACGGGGGAAGCGGCGGCGGCGGGAGCUCGGCGAUGGGGCUGCGCAGCCGCUCCGUCAGCUCCGUGGCCGGCGUGGGCGUGGGGAUGGGCGGCGUGGAGCCGGCCGGCGCUGGCAGCGUCCCUUUCGGCCUGUACGCGGCGGCGGCCUCGGCGGCUAGCAGUGCCACCACCGCCGCUUCGACGGCAACGGCGGCGGCGGCUUCGGGCGACUCGGAGCGGGGUCCAGGCGCGGACUCCACCCCUUACGGCCAUGGCAACGGUUACCAGGAGACGGGAGGUGGUCACCACAGAGACGGGAUGCUGUACCUGGGCUCCAGGGCCUCGCUGGCCGAUGCACUACCUCUGCACCUCGGACCCCGGUGGUUCAGUUCACACAGCGGUUUCAAGUGCCCCGUUUGCUCCAAAUCAGUGGCUUCUGAUGAAAUGGAAAUGCACUUUAUCAUGUGUCUGAGCAAACCCCGCCUCUCCUACAACGACGACGUUCUCACCAAGGAUUCCGGCGAAUGUGUUAUUUGCCUAGAGGAACUUCUGCAAGGAGACACGAUAGCCCGGCUGCCCUGCCUCUGCAUUUAUCACAAGAGCUGUAUAGAUUCCUGGUUUGAAGUCAACAGAUCCUGCCCAGAGCACCCGUCAGAUUGACCGCGGGAUCAUACCCGGACCUCUUUCCAGGUCAUCUCACCAUCCAUCCUUCGUACACACACGCGCACACACACACACACACACACUCCCAACUUCUUCCAAACCAGCUCUGGGACAUCCCUGCAGCCUGGGCGUUUAGUGUUCAGUUCUGGACUUCAGAGGCAGAGAAGACAAGCAACUCUCGCUCCGCGAGGCCAUACUUGGAGAACCCUCCUCCAGUCCGGGCAGGGGGAUGAAGAAGAGGGCCCGGGGCAGGAGCCAGUGGCCACCGGGACCCCCCUACCCCACUCCACAGCAACGCCAUGAUGUUCCUUUGGGCUAGAGCCGGCCAAGAGCGAAACGGAGCACGACGCGCGUCGGUGCCAUUCAAGGACUCUUCCUUCCUGCCCACACACAGGUCCCCUUUUUGCACGGGGAGGGG